AUGGAAUUUACCCGUCGCUGUCAUCGCGCUACGAAUCUGCUCAAGCUGUUGGCUCUGUGUUUUACCGCACCGAUCUGGGCUGCAUCGGGUGCAGAUCACCUGUGUGUACCCAAUGCCAGCGGUGAUGGCUGGGAUUGUGAUCCUUACAGCGACGAAGUACCGCCUUUUACCUGGAACCAGGUCGCCCCCAUCGCAGCGCCGGUUAUACAGGUGCCGCCGCCACCCAAGGUGAACUCAGUCCCCGAAGAUCCAGCUGUCCCGGCGCGCAACGCUGAGCCUAUCGAGGCGAAUACGGACCCUGUGACCGGUUUGAGCAAUCGCCCCGAAGACUGGUACACCCCCAGCGUGCCGCGGCCGACAGAUCCGGAACAUCGUCUGUCUGAGGAUCUUGCCGAAUCACUGUAUGUGGUCAGCGAUGGCGGUGGUAUUUGCCCUGGCAGCUAUCAGGAGCGCGCUUUUACACUGCCGCUGGAUGCGGAUGAUGAAACACAGCCUGUUGUCAUCCUUGCCGAUGGCCUCUCCAGUAUUGUUGGUCAAAGCGCCAGCAUGGUAGGGAAUGUGACUAUCGAGCAGGGCAAUCGGCUGAUUCGUUCGCCAGUUGCUCAGCUAGACUACCCCUCGCAGAUUGUGGAAUUUCCCCAGGGGCUGAAACUGGACCAACCCGGCUUGAUCAUGCAGGGCGCCCAGGCCACUGUGCAUCUGAACACCAAGCAGGCAGAUCUCAGUGGGACCCAGUUUAUUCUUACCGAUGCUAAUUUGCGGGGUCAGGCGUCAAAUCUGUUGCAGAACGAUGCCGGCGAUCUGACCUUGCAGGGUAAUCAGUUCACUCGCUGUGAGCCGGGCAAUAACGGCUGGGUACUGCAAACCAAAGAGCUGGUAAUCGAAAAGGAUGCCGUGUUCGGGACGGCGAAACAUGCUGUAUUGAAAUUAAAGUCAGUACCCGUUUUCUAUACACCGCGCCUGCAGUUUCCGGUUUCCGAUCAGCGCCUGUCCGGGUUUCUGUUUCCGAAUUUGGGUUAUUCAGAUGAAGACGGCGUUGAUGUUGCCGUGCCCUAUUAUUUCAACCUGGCCCCAAACUACGACGCUACGCUGAUUCCACGUUAUAUCAGCGAACGCGGUGCCGGAGCGGAACUGGAAUUGCGACAGAUGUCUGCAUGGCAGUACACAACGCUCAGCGGGGGAUUUCUGCCCAGUGACAACCUCUAUAACGGCGAAGUUAACCGUGAUGAUUUUGACGAGGCUGGCGGCACCGCGGUGCUUGGUCCUUUUGAUUCAGCUGACAGAUGGCUGGGGGCGAUAGAUCACCAGGGCCAGAUCGGCGCAUUCCGCACCCUGAUUGAUUACACCAGUGUCAGUGACCGGGAUUAUUUCCGCGAUCUUGGCUCCGAUCUGGGCGUUUCCAGUCGCCGGGAGCUCGAACGUAAAGGUGAAAUACAGUACAACCAGGGCGGUUUAUUCAUGCGCUUAUGGGCGCAGCGAUUUCAGCGCCUUGAUGAGUCGGUCAUCGACGAUUACCAGCGCUUACCUGAGCUUGAAGCGGUAUAUACAACGCCCAUUGCCGGACCGCUGGAAUUCAGUCUUGGCGCGAAGUGGUCAGAUUUUGACCGUGACACCGACGGUUUGGUGGGCAUCCAGGCGUUUACCGGCCAGCGCACACAUCUCGAGCCGAGAUUACGCAUGUCACUGCAGCAGCCCUACGGGUUUCUCAAUCUCACAGGCGGCUAUCGCUAUACACGUUACGAUCUUGAGCAGUCCGACCUGGUUGUCGGUGGUGUCCUGCUGGAUGACAGCCCUGAUCGUAAUAUUGGUGUGGCGUCGGUAGAUGGCGGUCUGUUUUUUGAGCGGCCACUGAACUGGUUCGGCCAUGAUCUGAUCCAAACCCUUGAGCCACGUCUGUUUUAUCUGUGGCAGGAAUUUGAUGAGCAGGCAGCGCUACCUUUAUUUGACGCGUCACGCCUGACCUUUGGCUAUUCGCAGCUGUUUCGCGACAACCGCUUCUCCGGCCUUGAUCGCAUCGGCGAUGCAGAUCAGAUUUCUGCUGGGGUCACUACGCGCUUUCUUGCCACCAGUACCGGGCGCGAGUAUUUCCGCUUCAGCGUGGGUGAGAUCUUCUAUUUUGAUGAUCGCGAGGUGACCCUCUCCGGCGCGCCCACGGAAGCUGAUCUGGACAGCUCAUCGGCUAUUGCCGCGGAAACCGCCGCUUCGAUUUAUGGCAACUGGAAAAUCACGGGUAACAUGGUCUGGGAUCCGCAUGAAAAUAAAGUGGAAGAAGGCGGUGCUGGGCUUUCGUAUCAACGUGAUUCCCGCCAUAUUUUCAACCUGGGUUACCGUAACCGGUUCGAUCAGAACAUAGAGCAAACCGAUCUGUCCUUUUACUGGCCAGUGUCGCAGCACUAUUCCAUUCUGGCACGAUGGAACUAUGAUCUGGAAAGUGGUCGUACCAUAGAAGCGUUUGGUGGCGUGGAAUACGCUGAUUGCUGUCUGAAGGUUCGCCUGAUGGCGCGUCGUUUCCUCGACAGCCCAACCGCACAGAAUUUUGAAAACGUCGAAGCAGACAAUGGCGUGUUUCUACAAAUUGUAUUUAAAGGCCUUGCUGGCUUCGGUACUCAGGUAUCUGCGAAAAUGCAUAAGGUCCUGACAACAAUACUGGUGUGCGUCAUUGGCGCGGCCCUACUUUACGUGCCGGCCAACAGCCAUGCCGUGUACAGAGAAAUUGAAGGCAUUGUGGCGGUGGUAGACGAUGAUGUGGUGCUCGCCUCUGAGUUAAAGAGUCGAUACGACCAGGUGAUUCGGCAGAUGCAGUCACAGAAUGCCGCGAUGCCACCCAACGACAUCCUGAUCAGCCAGAUCAUGGAGCGACUGAUUCUGGAAAGCAUUCAGAAGCAGGAGGCCGAGCGUCGCGGUAUCCGCAUAGAUGAUGAAACUCUGACCAGAGCGGUCAUGUCCUUUGCACAGGGCAACAACAUGUCCCUUGAGCAGUUUCAGCAGGCGCUUGCGGCAGAUGGUGUCAGCUAUCGAGAGUUUCGCGAAGAGAUACGCACCGAGAUGGCUAUUACCCGGCUGCAGCGAAAUCUGAUCAAUCGCAGAAUUUCGAUUACCGAUCAGGAAGUUGAGGGCCUGCUCAAUUCGCCGUUUUAUAAAGAAAUGUUUUCAGAUGAGUAUCGCGUCGGCCAUAUAUUACUGUCGUUAGAAGAGCGUGCUUCGGAAGAGGUGGUAGACGCGGCGUUGGCUGAAGCGAGCGAUAUUGUUAAACAGCUGCGUGAAGGUGCCGACUUUGCACAGAUGGCGAUUGCCAAGUCGUCCAGCAGCCGGGCUUUAGAAGGUGGUGAUCUGGGUUGGCGUAAAGCAGGUGAGCUCCCCAGCCUGUUUGCUGAGCAGGUGCUUGAGCUUGACGUGGAUGGCAUUGCCGACCCUAUCAAAACCUCAGGUGCAAUCCAUAUUAUCAAGCUGUUGGAAAGACGUGGCGCGGGUGUGCAGAAAGUUGUUGAAACCAAUGUGCGUCAUAUUCUGGUGCAACCUUCAGAGAUCCGCUCCCCGGAAGAAACCGUGGCCCUGAUACAGGACAUCAAACGUCAGUUAGACGAAGGGGCCGACUUUGCGGAGCUGGCAAAAGAACACUCGCAGGAUCCCGCCAGUGCUUUGAAUGGUGGCGAUCUGGGAUGGGCAUCACCUGAUCAGUUUGUGGGUCAGUUUGGGGAAAUUAUGGAACGCACGGCCAAAGGCGGUAUGAGCGAGCCGUUCCUUACGCAGUUUGGCUGGCACAUCCUGCAGGUACUGGAUCGCCGCGAAGAAGAUAUGAGCGAUGAGGCUCGCGAGAAUAUGGCCGUCGAAAUCCUGCACAAACGCCGCUUUGAAGAAGAGCAGCAGGAUAUGUUAGCGAUAACGCCUGGAGAGCCUGCCGGCAUUGGCCCGGACCUGGUCAUUCGGCUGGCUCAGCACAAACGCGCGCAGGGCUGGGUAGUACUGGCUGAUGCGCAGAUGCUGGCUGCCAGGGCUCAGCAGCUCGCUUUACCCCUGACCAUUGAUGACAACCACGCCCAGCCCAGUUGUGCUGCGAGCCACCUCACGGUGCGUCAUAUACCCCUGGCUAAUCCUGCGAUACCUGGUCAGUUGGACUGUGGCAAUGUUGCAGGCGUGCUCGCCGCUCUGGAUGCGGCCAUUCAAGGGUGCCUGGAGGGGAUGUACACAGGCCUGGUCACCGGACCGAUGCAGAAGUCUAUUGUUAAUGAGGCAGGCAUCGCCUUCAGCGGGCAUACAGAAUACCUCGCUGAUGCCGCGGGUGCUGAUGAUGUUGUCAUGUUGCUGGUAGCUGGUGAGCUGCGAGUUGCGCUGGCGACCACUCAUGUCCCCUUGAGCCAGGUGCCAACCUCACUGACAAAGGCGCUGCUUGCGCGCCGCUUAACAAUCCUCAACGCAGGGUUACAGAAGUUUUUUGGCAUACAGGAUCCGCAUAUUCUGGUUGCCGGGUUGAACCCGCAUGCGGGAGAGAGCGGGCAUCUGGGUCGCGAAGAAAUAGAGACGAUUACCCCUGUACUGGAAAGUCUGCGCGGACAGGGGCUCAGGUUAAGCGGUCCCCUGCCGGCGGAUACGUUGUUUACCCCUCGACAUCUCAAAGACGCUGAUGCUGUGAUGGCCAUGUUUCACGAUCAGGGUUUGCCGGUGCUGAAGUACGCGGGGUUCGGCGAGGCGGUUAACGUUACUCUGGGUCUGCCCUUUGUGCGUACGUCGGUAGACCACGGUACUGCUUUGGAUCUGGCCGGCACUGACCAUCUGUUUGAGAUUGGUCCUGGUCAUGGCGCGCUAACCGACCUGUUGGCAGACACCCCAGCGUUGUAUCGCGCUGUCGAGAUUGAUCGGGAUCUGGCGCCAAUGCUGCGUGCAAGGCAUCCGAAUCUGCAGGUCAUUGUUGAUGACGUCUUGCGUGUGAAUCUUAAAGAAAUUCUGGAUGGCGAUGUGCCCUGGCGAUUGCUCGGUAAUCUGCCGUACAACAUUUCGUCUCCGCUGCUUGCUACCCUGACCCAGUUUGUAGAAGCCCAGCCAGGGCAGAUAGCGGAUAUGCAUUUCAUGUUGCAGCGGGAGAUGGCUGAACGUCUGAGCGCCUUGCCCGGCACCAAAGCCUGGGGCAGACUCAGUGUCAUGGUGCAACUGCGGUUUGACGUUGGGCACGUUUUCGACGUGGGGCCUGAGGCGUUCAGUCCACCGCCUAAGGUCUGGUCCAGUAUCAUACGUCUGAUUCCGAGAAAGAAUGUGGAUGCCGGCGUGGACCUGGCGGUUCUCGACAGAGUGUUAAGACUGGCGUUUUCCGGGCGGCGUAAACGGCUGUCCAACUCGUUGAAAGUGCUGGAGCUCGAUUGGUCGACCAUCGACCUGGAUCCGGGUCUGCGCGCUGAUAACGUGGCCCGCGACGAAUACGUCAUGCUGGCAAGGCAGGUGGCCACCCAGGUUGAAGUGUCCGUGGUCACCCAUUAUGUAGAGGCCCAGUCUGAUCCGACGGAAGAGCGAUUUGUUUUUGCUUAUACCAUCACCAUCACUAACAACGGCACGCAAUCAGCACAACUCAUGAGCAGACAUUGGAUCAUCACAGAUGCCAGUGGUGAGGUGGAAGAAGUGCGCGGUGAGGGUGUGGUUGGCAAACAACCUUUGCUGGCACCGGGUGAAUCUUUUGAAUACACCAGCGGUGCAAUUCUCAAGACACCGGUGGGUGCCAUGCAGGGGGCAUAUACUUUUCGCGACACCAACCAGGCUUCUUUCAAUGGGUGUCUGCGCGAGUUUGAGCGCCUGUUAGAGCGCAUAAACUUUGGUUCCAAAGACCGGCUCUGGUUAGUGGGCGAUCUGAUUAAUCGUGGUCCUCAUUCGCUGGAAGUACUUCGGUUGGUAGAAUCGAUGUCCGCUCAAGUUGAGAUAGUGCUGGGCAAUCACGAAUUACAUUUUCUUGCCAUCUACUUUGGUGGGCAUAAGAGCAGUCGCUCUGACACCUUCGAGAGCUUGCUUGCGGCGGCUGAUGUAGAGCAUCUGGCAAGCUGGUUAUGCCAGCAGAAGAUGCUGCAUCACGACCCGUUGUUGAACUGCACCAUGACCCAUGCCGGUAUUCCGCAUAUCUGGAGCUUAGAGCGUGCCAGGGGUUUUGCUGAUGAAGUUGAGAAAGUUCUGCGCGAUGAAAAUGCGCAGGUGAGUGUGACCGAGCGAGAUGACAUGAUUGCACUGGAUACAGGGUCUGAGAUGGCGCAGAAAGACAACAUGACGGGUGAGCUGGAAACCUAUCUUGUCGGCGGUGCCGUAAGGGAUGGAUUGCUUGGGCGUGCCGUCGGCGACAACGAUUGGGUUGUGGUGAACAGUUCGGUAGCCCAGAUGCUGGCGCUGGGUUUUACUCAGGUGGGACGAGACUUUCCGGUAUUCCUGCACCCGGAUACCCACGAAGAAUAUGCCUUGGCUCGUACCGAGCGGAAGCAAGGCCAUGGUCAUCGCGGAUUUGUGGUCAACGCCAGUCCCGACGUGACGCUGGAAGAAGAUCUGCAACGGCGAGAUCUGACCAUCAAUGCAAUUGCCCAAGAUGCGCAGGGUGAAUUGAUUGAUCCUUUUGGCGGGGCAGCAGAUCUUGCCGCGCGAAUACUUCGGCAUGUGUCGCCUGCUUUUGCGGAGGAUCCACUGCGGGUUUUCCGUGUGGCUCGAUUUGCCGCACAACUGCCUGAUUUCUCAGUUGCCCCCGAGACCCUGCAGCUGAUGCAGCAGAUGUGUGAGGCGGGAGAGCUGACUUCGCUCUCGGCAGAAAGGGUCUGGCAGGAAACGGAAAAAGCGCUUUAUGCGGUGGCGCCUGAACAUUUUUUUAAUCUGCUUGGCCAGGUUGCCGCGUUGGAAUUCUGGAUGCCUGAACUGCUCGGCCGAUCGGUCCGAUUUGAGCGUGACGAUGCCGUGUAUCGCUACGCUGAGCUGCCGCUUGCUGAGGCUGAAUUCGAAACGCUUGGUGUUCGUUUGAAAGUACCCGGUCGUUAUCAGCAGAUAGCCGCAGAUCGACUCAGUUAUGCAGAUAUCAUUGCGCAAUGGCACACUGUUGAGGUGACGCAUCUUGCGACGGCGAUGCAGGCCCUGCAGGUUAACCACGACAAUGUCCGUCUGCUCAGGCUGCUGGACUGGCUGCAGUUUGACCAGCUGCAGAAAGACACGCUGCAGCAGUUGGGAGAAGGCUGGCGUGCGGUGCAGGUUGAGGCAGAGGGGCUCAGCGGUAAGGCUUAUGGUAACGCACUGUUUAAGGCGCGUUGCGAGUGGCUGGAUCAGGCGCGUCGGCGAUAG